AUGACAUCAAAAAUAGAGAGGAGUCAAGCUAAGAAUAAUAAAAAUAGCUAUAAAAGAAUCAAAACUUUUACUGGGUGUUGGACGUGUAGGUCUCGUAAGAUCAAAUGUGAUUUGACUAAGCCAAGUUGUAGGAAAUGUACAAAUUCUAGAAUUGAAUGUGGUGGCUACGACAUCAAAUUGGUUUGGACAGAACCAGUAGAUUUUAAUACUCCUGAAGUAUCGAGUACUUCCAGGGAAGAAUCUGUUUCUUCAAAUAUAUCAGGUUCAGCAAGCAAUUCCACUCCUUCAAACAAAUUUACUCUGAUAAACAAUAACAUAAACAAUACUAGUACUCAGUCAAAUGAAACUCAAAAAAGAAGAAAUAUUACAUUGGUUAAAUAUAAAAAUUCGAAAUCGUAUACUUAUUAUGAAGAAAUGGAUGAAGAGUUGAUAUCUUUGCAAAACCCUAAAAAAGAUAAAAUUGAUAAUGGCCAAACUUAUAUUAUCAAAAAUUUUGGUGUAUUUAAAGCACAUCACUCAGAUGAGAGUACCCCUAAGACAACUGCAACCCCUUCAAACUCAGAAAUCAAUUCAAACCAAGAUACAGUAGUUUCUCAAUCAUUUUAUGAUGUAAAUGAGAAUAUGAACAAUUGGAUUUCGAAUGAAUUGAAGGAUGACUUUAUGCUUUCUUUGUCAGCCCUACAAGGUUUACCUGUAUCUUCCCAUUCUUUUGAUGAUUUAGUUAAUGAUCUCGAUGUUCAAGAUUCUUAUAGAUCUUUAUUUCACAAUCCUACUAAUGAUGAACUCAUAGAUUCUAAUUUAAAGUCGAUCAAAUAUCAAUACCAUGGUAACGAGAACCUCAUAAACCCCGAUCAUAAUUUAACAGAAACUGGUAACUUAAUUAACACAUUGGAGUCUCCUACUAGUUUAAAUAAUAUGGUAUCUUAUAAAGAAGAAAUUAACCUAGACCCUUUAGAAAACGAUAUGAAAAUGCCAAAUUUUAUUAUGGAGGUUGUACCUUCGAGAUUACCUGAAUUAGUUUCCUCUUCUGAUCCAUUGACAGAUUUCCCUAAUUCUGCAUUGAAAAUUAAUAGUUUGACAAGGUUUCUAUUAAACUAUUAUUACGAAAAUGUAGCAGACUUAAUGACAGUAAUACCAAUUUCUGCUAACCCCUGGAAAAAAAUGUAUUUUCCAACUGUUUUAAGAGCAUUAGGUGAUUUAUGUGGAAUAGGACAUACCUCUAACUCAAAAAAAUCACUUUUGAAUGCAAUUUUAGCUGUUUCAUGCUUUAAUCUACAAAGUAAAUUCCCGAAGAACUCAAAUGAAAUGAUAUUUUACCUGAACUUGGGUAUCAAUUUUAGAAAUCAGGCAUCUAAUUAUCUUAAGGAAUGUUUAGAAAAUACUGUAAAUUUAGAGAAAUAUAAGGAUAUAGUCGUAGCACUUUUAUCAAUGAAUUCCAUCGAUGUAGUCUGGGGAACAAUGGCGGAUUGUAGGUAUCAUUUAACUGUUUGUGAAGAUUUCAUUGAAUCGAGAUUAAAAUUGAGGCCAAUAUUAUCGAAUAAAGCAAAAAUUUUACAUAGUAUAUUUGCAUUUUUGAAAUUGAUUCAAGAUAGUACUUCGUUGGAUAAGGUGAGGGAAAAGGAAAUAUGUAUAUAUUUUGAUAAUUCAAAAGCGAAUGACAAUAACCAAGAUGGAACCAUUAGGAAAUUUUUUGAAACAAUGGAUAACUUCGAAGGUAAGCUUCAGAAUGAAAAAGGAUAUUUUCAAUACGACAAAUAUUUUAACAGUGAAAAUGAAGACUUUAAUCACGCUAUUGUCCCAAGUUUUAAAAGUCAAUUAUAUGACUCGAUGAAUACAACUAGCAGUGAGCAUCUGAAUCCAAAAUUACUAACUUCUGAAAUUAUAUAUGGACUACCCAAUUCGUUGAUAUUAUUGUUUUCUGAUUGUGUAUCACUAAUACGGCAUCUUGAAUAUUUUAAGUUGAAUAAUAUAAAACUGUCAGAAGAAUUUUUAAACUAUUGUAACCGUUUUGAAAUAAGAUUACUUAAUUGGAAAUCUGAUUGGAACGAGGAGUCUAUUUUGAAAUUUAAAAAGAUCAAUAUUGAUCGAUAUUAUUCCUUGAAAGCUUUGAAUUUACACACGGAAAGUUUCUAUAACAGCACAAUAAUUUAUUAUUUUACAAUGGUAAGGUCUUUCAACAUUUCAUCUCUUCAGCAAUAUGUGGAGGAUGUUCUUCAUGGAUUGAAAGAAAUUAACACAUUAAUAGAACAAAAUAAUGUGAAGAUUGUGCCGCUAAUUUGGCAAGGUUUUAUGGCAGGGUGUGCUUGCACCAAUACUACUUUACAAGGAGAAUUCAGGACUUGGGCAUCAAAACUAGCUAAUACUGGUAUGGGAUCAUACUGGGGUGCCAGACAAGCUAUGUUGGAGGUAUGGAGGAGGAGAAAACAUGGGGAAGAAGGGGAUUCGUGGUAUUCAGUUUAUAAGGAUUGGGAUAUGAAUUUAAUGUUGUCUUAG